AUGACUACUAAAAGAAAAUACAAAUCUGGAGCUCUAAAGAGGAAAGAGAAAUCAAAGAAGAAAGUUUUACUCAAAAAACAGGUUGGUUCCCUCAACAAGUAUUUUGGUAACAAUAAAGUAGAGACAUCUAUUACUAAUGCAAUUGAGGAUGAACUUGAUUGUGAAAAUAAUGUGAAUGAAGUUAAAGAUCAAGUGGUAAAUGACAAAGAAGAAGAAAGUCAAAAUGUUAAUGAGAAUGAGAAUGAGAAUGUGAAUGAGAAAUGUUUAGAUGAUAAGAAUAGUUUUCCUCUUGACAUAGAUAAUCUGGGAAAUUGGAAUAAAAUUGAUCAUAAUAUGAUUGAUUUUUUAGUUGAAAGAGGUCCAAAAAGAGUCAAUGAUGUCACAUAUAUUAAGGAUGCUUUUGGUAGAAGUUUUUCUUCAACACAUUACACUAGAGAUUUGCCAAAUAGGGAGAAACAAGAUAGAAAGUGGUUAGUAUAUUCAGUUUCUCAAAACAAAGUAUUUUGUUUUUGUUGUAAGUUGUUUUCAACAAAACAUCAUGUGGGUCAUUUUGCUGAUGAAGGUAUAAAUGAUUGGCAUAAUAUUUCUGAAAGGCUUAGAAGUCAUGAGAAAAAUAAGCAUCACAUUAUGUCUAUUGCUACUUGGGUAGAGUUGGAGAAACGGUUAAAGCUGAAUCAAACAAUUGAUAAAGGUUUACAAGAACAAAUCAACCAAGAAAGGGAGCAUUGGAAACGUGUAUUAGAGAGAAUAAUUGCUAUUGUGAGAAGACUUGGAAAAAAUAAUUUAGCAUUUCGAGGAAGUAGUGAAAAGCUAUAUGAUGAUAGCAAUGGGAUUUUUUUACAAAUGAUAGAAUUGUUUGCUGAAUUUGAUUCAACUAUGCAAGAACAUGUGCGUCGUAUUAUGGCACAUGAAACUCAUUAUCAUUAUUUGAGUCAUAAAAUUCAGAAUGAAAUAAUACAGUUGUUGGCAUGUGAAGUGAAAAAAUCAAUCAUUGGUAAAGUUAAAGAAGCUAAAUAUUUCUCUGUGCUACUUGAUUGUACCCCAGAUGCCAGUAAUGAGGAGCAAAUGUCUCUUGUAUUAAGAUGUGUGAAUGUUUCAGAUAGUCCAAUAUUUGUUGAUGAAUAUUUUAUAGAAUUCAUUAAGGUAAAUGACACAUCAGGACUUGGGCUACUUAAUGAACUUCUACAUGCAUUACAUACUCUUGAUCUUGAUGUUGAUAAUAUAAGAGGACAAGGUUAUGAUAAUGGAUCUAACAUGAAAGGAAAAAAUAAAGGUGUACAAAGCAGAUUACUUGAACUAAAUCCUAGAGCAUUUUACACUCCUUGUGCUUGUCAUUCUCUAAAUCUUGUACUUUCUGAUAUGGCUAAUUGUUGCUCCAAGGCUGUGUCUUUCUUUGGUGUGCUACAACGUAUAUACUCAUUGUUUUCAGCUUCUACAAAAAGAUGGAAAGUUUUUACAGAUCUUGUGUCAGGUCUCACUGUUAAGCCAUUGUCAGAGACGCGUUGGGAGAGUCGUGUUGAAAGUGUUAAAGCGGUAAGGUUUCAAGCUCCUCAAAUAAUAACUGCUUUACUCUACUUGGCAAAUAGUAAUGAAGAUGCCAAAACAAAAAAUGAUGCUGAGACUUUAGCAACAUAUAAUAUUCAAAAUUUUGAAUUUUUGCUAAACUUGGUCAUUUGGUAUGAUCUACUGUCUGCUGUGAAUAAGGUUAGCAUCGUUCUUCAAAGUGAAGAUAUGCAAAUUGAUGUAGCUAUUAGACAGUUAAAAACUCUCCUUUCGUUUCUACAAAAAUAUAGAGAAACUGGGUUUGAAGAGACUAUGGUUGCAGCUACAAAGAUAGCAAGUGAAAUGAAAAUUGAACCUGUGUUCAUUGAAAAACGAACAUGUCACAGAAAGAAACAAUUUGAUGAGAGUACUAGCAAUGCAGUUGUACAAUCACCUGUGGAUUCUUUCAAAAUCAACUAUUUUCUCUACAUAGUUGAUCAAGCUAUUUCUUCAUUUGAAUCCAGGUUUGAACAAUUUGAGAGGUUUGAAGAAAAUUUUGGACUUUUGCUUAACUUGGAGAAAUUGAAGUCUACAAAUGGAGAUAGUUUGAAGAGAUUUUGUGAUAAUCUUACCAAUUUAAUGAGCCAUGGCGAGAUUUCAGAUCUUAAUAAAGAUGAUCUAUAUCAAGAGUUACAAAUGCUACGACAUAACUUGCCAAAAGGAACAAAAAAGGCGAUUGAUGUGUUGAAUUAUAUAAAAGAAGUUAAUGGUAGUUACCCGAAUGCUUGGAUUGCUUAUAGGAUUAUGCUAACAAUACUCCUGUCACGUUCAGCAGCCAAUCUGGGUAUUCCCAGUACUGGGGUUCCGCCAGCAAUAAAUGUUCGAACAACCGUUGGAGACAACACAAAGAUCCAGAACCUCCGUGAUGCUCUUGGACUCAUGCAAGGCUAUACUAAUACUUUGCAUCAUGAUCAGGAAGAGCUACGUGCUGCAGUGAACCUUGCGUUUGAAGAGCAAAGGCGUCUGUUCGCUGAAUGGAGGGAUAAAGAGGUGGAAACGUUGAGGACUCAACAAGCAGCCAUCGACGACCGAACAAGACAGGCCACUGUACUGAUACGAAGAGCCUACGAAGUUACUAAUCAGCAACCUGCGACCAGCAUCCCGCUGGGUGAGUCAGACGAAGAUCCAGCUGGGAACGCUUCCCAAACUCUGAACGGUCAGCCGCCAAAUCCCCGGUCACAGGUUCUGCCUGUGGGCCAAGCGGUAGGUGGUCACACCUCAUCUAGUAAUUCGUCAGGAGGGGUUAUACCUAAUAACUCCGCCCAGACUAACGGUUCUGGCCAAGUGCUCGGCCAAACCAACCAGUCAUUGAGACAACCUAAUGGAUCUGUAUUUAAUAGACUGGGAACAGUGGUUAGGCAAACAGUAUGUCUCACCAGCCACUCAGCCUAG